UCGGGUUUAAUUAUUAAAAAAACUUGAAACAGAUGGGUGUGUGUCACCUUGUCCUUUUUCUGUUCAUUUUCCAAUUUCAGAAACCUGUGUUGCCUUGCUGAAGAGCAUCAGCAUAGCAGCAUUUUUAUUUUAAAAAAAAAAUUGAAAUCAUUAAGAACUGCUAUGAAAACUAUUGGGUCUAGUUCACUAAAAACACUUGAAAUUGUAACCAAUUGAUAGAUGCCACCUUGUCCUUUUUAUGCUUAUUUUCCAAUUCCAGAAAUGUCAUUUUCACCAAAGUUAUUGAUCUGCAAUGGCAUUAGAUAUUUAUCAUGCUGUGAUUGGUUUUGUUCUAUGCGGAUUCUUAAAGUUAUUGUGCACGAGUUUCUUUAUCAACCAUAUUGCAUAUAGUAAGGCAGACAGCCUGUUGUCUUGAAAUUUGAUCAACCUCUUAAGGUAGCAGUCUUCUCUUUAGGGUCUUAAAUUUCUUCAUCAAAAUUUGAUGACCCAUGCAGCUACCAUAUUUUAGGGAAAUGGCUGAAAUCUUAGGGUGAAUUGCAAAAAAAUGCAAUUUUAGUGUUGGAGCUGCCACUUAAUGUGCAACCUUGCUUUGGCAGUCGACACAAGGUAAUGGGCUUGUAAACACCCGGUUCAUAUUUGUAUGUUCACUAAUCUGAUUGUUCAUUAGAGAGCCUUUGUCAAUGUGUUUAUGUUUUAAUUAUCUGUCCGUGAGUGAAUUAUUUUACUGUUAAUGGUUUUGUCUGAUUCCCACUGACAGUUGACUUGAUGUUAUCUACUCUUCUCAUUUUAUUAGGGAUAACAAAUUGGAUUGUUUCUUUCAGUCACACAGGUUUUAUAGAGAGGUUAAUCUAGCUCUGCUCGCAUUGCUAAGAUGACUUAGUUUUAAUAGUCCUUUGCCCUGGAAUUGGCAUCAGUUUUUCCGUAUGUAUCUUUAUUAUCAAAGAAAAUUAUAAUCAGUUCAAUUUGUUAUUUUUAUUUUGCUUUAUUAUUUCUUACCAAAUAAGCCAGAAAACAUAAGGAAAAUAUUUAUUUGGAUUGUGUGAUAAGAAGUAUCAGUUACCUUUGCUAUUUGUUGGGCACGUUUAGGUCUCCAGUUGUAACACACGGAGAGAAUUUGAACACGUGGCAAGAGGCAUCUUUUCCUGGCCAAUGCAUUACCCUUUUAAAGCCUUGUUCUCAUCGAAACCUAGACUAAGUUGCUUUGCUCACAGAGAGCAUUGAAGGAGAGAUUAUUCAAUAUGGCAGAUAAACAUUCAUCGGAGCCGAUUCCUGAGGGCUGGAAGUUCGAGACCAAAACAAAGAAAGAUGGAUCUCAAGUUUCGUACUACCUCUGCCGUAAAACUGGACAGCGGUUUUAUACUUCUGGCGAUAUGAUGCGCUAUGUUAAGUAUGCCAAAGAAGCUGGGCUUCCGGUCUAUUUACCAAACUUUGAUUUCAGGAAGAAGAAGAAAUCUGGCCAGAGCUCAGAGUCCACUCCCAAUCAAAUUGAGGAAAGCUUGGACUCAGAGAAAGAUACUGACAAUGAGAAAAGUUUGGACUCAGAGAAAGACAAUGAUAGUGACACUGAGAAAAGCAUGGACUCAGAGAAAGCCAGUAAUAUUAAGAGAAGCUUAGACUCAGAGAAAGACACUGGUCCUAGAAAGUCAGAGUUUCUGAAGAAUGACCCAAUUGAGAAUAUCUCAGCUUCCCUACUGGAUUCUUUGCCUUCCAUUUCUGAAUUUAUGGCCUACCCGGAACCCAUGCAAAUUAGCAGUGAGCAAGCUCCUGUAGUGGAAAUCCCCACUUUUGUACCUGAUACCUUUCCUUCUGAUUCUGGAUUAAAUGGAGGCCCGGAACCCAUGCAAACUGGCAGUGAGCAAGCUCCUGUUGUGGAAAUCAUUCCUCGUCACAGGCGAAAUAUCAGGGAGAUGGAAAUGACCCCCCUUUGCAGAAUCGUCCGCCGUCGCAGGCGAAUUAUCAGGGAGCAGCGAAUUAUGAGGGAGCAAGCUCCUGUGGUGCAAAUUCCCCAUCCCCUUCCCUGUCCCAGAAUUAAGGUUGCGGUACUGCCAAGCAACUCUGGGAUCAUGAAGCGCUCACAUCCGCGUCCAAAUCCACACAGGGGCCCAAGGUAA